AUGGCUAUCUUCAGAAAGUCAGGCAAACGCCUCCUGUUUGGGUUGGUUCUUUUGGUGAUGGUCCUCCUGGCGACCCGGUACAUCCCCACACGAACCGUGACACACAAGAUCACGAUCCAGGAGCAGGCUCCCACAACGAGAGACACAUACGAAGUGAAGGCUCCCGCAUAUGUCCUCAACACCACAGCCGAGCAGAAGAUUGCCAAGGCCAUGAACCUCAUCCGGCUUCUUGAGGCCUCGCAGUCGCAGACGCUGCAGGCCGCGAUCUCCACGUACCGGCUCAAGACCGGGCGUAACCCGCCCAAGCACUACGACAAGUGGUUUGCCUAUGCCAGGGAGAAACAAUGCCUGAUCGACAACUAUGACACCCUCCACAAAGACCUCGAGCCGUUUUUCAAGCUUCCCCCGCAGGAGUUUCGCGAUCGCAUCAAGAUGCUUGUCGAGGCAGGCGCUGCGCCCGAUGGCGAACACUCCUACCACUUUAUCCGAAUCAACCAAGGCGUUGUCACAGGACCCUCGGGCCGAGACAGCCCCGUCCCAGGCUGGAUGGGCGCAUGGCUCUCUCUGAUCGAAAAGUCUCGAUCAGGCCUGCUCCUCAGCGCGGGAUCUACGCGACCCGAAUCAUUUAUUGCCUCGAAUGCGGCCAUUAUCUCGAAUGGGGUCGCUUUGCACGCGGCCGACAUCGACGACUUGGCUCUCGUCUUCAACCCGUAUGAUGAGCCCCGGGUUGUGUAUAACCACAAGCAAGCCAACGCUGUCCAAGAGGCACUGUAUUCGCCACUGGAGCGCGUCGACUGGCAUCGUCCCAGCGCCGAGGAACACUACGAAUGGCUGCUGGAACGCUGUCCUUACCGCGAAAGCCCGUUCAGCAAGCUUUUGAACAAGUAUCACGGAUUCACAAUCAACCCCGAUACGCGAGUUUACACCGAGUCCCUUGUUCCAAUCAUAUCCAACACCAAGUUGCGCCACUGCUUUGCCGAUAUCGUCGUGCCAUCCAACUACUACAUCACGUCGUCACUCGACACCCAGAGCGAAGUCGACACAAUUCCAUGGAGCGAAAAGAUCCCCAUGAUGUUCUGGCGCGGAUCCACGACAGGUGGCUCGCCCGUCAAUCUUGGCUAUGCAUUCUACCACCGACAUCGAUUGGUCAAGCUUGCCACAAACGACUCGCACAUGGAUAUUGCCUUCACUGAUCUGGUGCAGUGCGGAUACUUUUGCGAGCACAUGCGCCUGAACUAUCCCCUCGCUCCGUCGGUUCCCUUUUCCAACAACUUUAAGUACAAGUAUCUCAUCGACAUUGAUGGCAACACCUUCAGCCAGCGCUACAUGCCUUUCUUGCAGUCCAACUCGCUCGUCUUCAAGAUGACCAUCUUCCAGGAGUAUUUCGAUGGUUGGCUCGAGCCCUUUGUCCACUACAUCCCCAUCAACGUCGACCUCUCUGACCUCUCCGAGAAGCUGCAGUGGGCCAUCGACCAUGACGAAGAAGCCGAGCAGAUCGCCCUGAACUCCAAAUACUUCUCCAAACGCUUCCUGACGCUCGACCAGAUGGACUGCUACAUGUACCUGAUGUUCCUGGAGCUCGCGCGGCUCUAUUCCGGCGAGGAGCUUGUCCUUCCCGCGGCGCACUGA